CAGUCAGUGUGUGAGGUGGGGCUUUAACACAACUGCUGCAAAACACGACCUAGCAACAUCGUGUGAACGUCGCAACACAAAGACACAGAAACAGUGAACACAAAAAAAAACUAAGUGAAAAGAAGACUUUCUGGAAAAAACAAAACAUUUCCGUUUGCACACAAAGAACGAUGCCCUCCAUACCGACCUCCAUUCUGCUUCUUGUGACAUGCGUCAUUGUCGCCGUAUGCGCGACGGCAGGGCGGGAACGCAGACAGGCUGCCACGGACAAAUUGUCUCCCCUUCACCAUCUCCUGCACAGAAGAUCUAACAACCACCAGUUUCUUGGACCGUCCCUCAGCAAGGAGUUUGGGCCCUUUAUAAAAUCUGCCAUGUAUGAAAAGCGGGACGGCAGAAACUGGGUGUGGGUUCCAUCCCACGGCUACGUGGAAAUCCCGUCGGCGGAGAUGUCGGACGAUAUGGACGGCGGGGAAGGACUCGGCAACUUGCUGAGAUACGGAAAGUGAUUGUGAAAUGCGGAAAGAGACUGGACAUAGAGUGAGGGUGUUUUAGAUAUAUGACUCGGAGAACCAAUAAAUUACUGUGACCGUC